AUGCCGACGGCCCAAUGCUCGCUAGACGCAUUGCUGUUCGGGAGCGUUCCUUCAACCCGGUCCUCGCUGGAUGAGAUUCUGUCUAGAUCUUUCCCACCACGCAGAUCGGUUUCAGAGGAACAAGCGCGAACGGUUCCCUCCGUGCUUGUGCCGCCAUCCCAAUCAACUUCCGGAGAGCUUUACAAGUUAUUUGCCAAAGCCCACUCGGACGCCGUGCCUUUCGGACUGUCUGGUGAACGUUCCAGCGAGGACGAGAUGUCCCAUAGCAGUGGGGAGUUCGUGGAGGACGAAGAAUCGGAAUCCUUUUUCAUGACCCAGGGGGACGAGGCCUCUGGUUCUCAUUUGAAGCCUCUGACGGAGGAGCCCCAGCUAAAGCAGCCAAGGGAAGACAAGAAGAGAGAAUACCAGAACGUGCCCGAGAAGUACAAGGGUUAUGAAGAGCUGCUGGGCGGAGACCCCGGCCCAGAUUUCAUUGAGCCACUGGGAAUACAGCAAAACGUCAAAGCUUUGGAGAAGGCACUCCGGUAUCAGCGUGUGUACCGCGAAUCGAAGGCCAAGCUAGACACCUUCCAGAAGCCUUUUGUGCCUGCAGAAAAGAAGGCUUUGAGGGUCCCUGCCCCACCAGCUCAAAAGACCAAGGUAGAGCGACUGGAAGAAAUCCUACUGAAGAUGAGGAACCCCACCAACAUUGUACAGGUGCCACUAGUGUGCAUCCUGCGGCGGAAGAAGGAGAACUGGCGCGAAUAUCGGGAGGCCUUAGCACUGUUGAAGGAAUUCCGUAAAAACUAUAAAGCCACAGUGGCCUCCUGCAAUCUGGCCGGUGAAUCCAAAUCAAUGAGUAAGAAUGGUGUUGAUGCAGAUGUCAUAAAUCAAAACCAGUUGCUCAGAACAAUUCCUAAAGUAAAGGUGAAUAAGGAACAGCUAGAAGAAGAAUUCCCUUUUCGAGUCACCCAAGAGGAUGAAGGACUUUCUUCCAUCUUACCAGAAAAAAACUUUCCGCCUACACAGCAGUGCUGAAAAACCACCUGUUUUAGAGGAUGUAGACUUUGAAAAACUACCUGCUCCAGGAAUCUAGGAAUUGUUGUUGUACAAGGAACCAGUAGCCAUAGGGGCAGAGGAAACCUCUGCUUCUGGAACUAACUAUGAAACACAGGAUGUUGACCUAUUCCGUUCUUUCAGCACUGCUCAGUUACAGGCUGAGAGUAGCUUAAUCCCACUUUAGUGCAGAACUUCAGAAGCACAACAGAAACCUGGUGAAACAUGUACGUGCCCUUUGAACGGCAGUUUCAAAAAGCACUUUCCAUCUUAAUCAUGUGCCUUGAAUCUAUGCAGCAGCUGCAAACGGUGAAAUAAACAGCUAAACCAGUGGUGGGCCUCUGGUCUUAUAAAAUGGACCCCCCCCCUUGACAAGAACGCCCCUUGACAAGUGUUCUGAUGGAAGGAACUCCAUAGAAUCCCA